AUGGAUGCUCAUGUAAAGAGGCGGACUCCUGAAGAGGUUGUUGCAGACAGGCACGGUAAAGGUCCCCAACAGACUACAAUGGAGAACCGUAUGAGAUCAGAGGAGGAAAGAGAUAAACUCCGUUCUUACUUUGCAAGGUGGGCUUUUGAAAGUGGUGUUCCAUUCAAUGCAUUGAAGCUAAGGAGCUUCGAGGAGUUGGUUGAGGCAAUUGGACAAUAUGGGCCAGGUUUCAAGCCCCCUUCAUUUCAUGAUUAUAGGGUUCCUCUAUUGAAGUCUGAGAAGGAGAAAGUUGAUGAAAUAAAAAAGAAACAUAAAAUCUCUUGGAGGAAAGGGUGCACUCUCAUGUCUGAUGGGUGGACCGACAGGAAAGGAAGGCACUUAAUUAAUUUUCUUGUCAAUUGUACGGAAGGGACUUUUUUUUGGGGGUCUGUGGAUGCAUCAAGUCAAAUACAAGAUGCAAAAAUGUUAUUUGAGCUCCUUGAUAGUAGGAUUGAGGAGAUUGGAGAGGAGAAUGUGGUUCAAGUGGUCACUGAUAAUGCUUCCAAUUAUGUUGCUGCUGGAAGGUUACUAAUGGAGAAAAGAAAGAAGUUGUAUUGGACUCCAUGUGCAACUCAUUGCCUAGACCUUAUGAUGGAGGAGAUAGGCAAUAUAAAAAUAUACAAGUCUGUGAUACUGAAGGGAAGAAAAAUUGUUACCUUCAUCUAUAGGUAUGCUCGCCUUUUUGAAGCUAUAAGGCAUAAGGAUGCUUUGAGGAGAUUAUUUCUUUCUGACCAUUGGGAGCAAUCUAAGUUGUCACAUACAGAGGCAGGGAAGCAAAUUGCUGAAAUAGUUAUUUCCACACCUUUCUGGAAUGGUGUGCAGGAUUGCUUGAGAGCAUCAUUGCCUCUUCUUCAAGUAUUGAGGAUAGUAGAUGGAGAUGAGAGGCCUGCAUUGCCUGAAGUAUAUGUUGCAAUGGAAGAGGCAAAGAAGCACAUAAUAUCAAAUUUUAAGGGCAUAGAAAGGAAAUGGAAGAAGGUUGUAAAGAUUAUUGAUAGGCGUUGGACAAGUCAGAUGGAGCGACCAAUAUAUUUGGCUGCAUUUCUCCUUAAUCUAAGCAAGUAUUUUAAAGCAAUUGAGAAGCAAUCAGAUGAAUCUUUAGCCAACUCCUUGAUGCAUAAAGCAAAUGAUGCCUUUAAUGAUGUUCUUGUAAGGAUGGUGCCUGAUACAACCUUGCAAGACAAGAUCAGUGAACAAUCUGCUGCUUAUACUGGAACUGGAGGAUCUUUUGCAAAGGAUAUGUAUAAUCGCCGUCUUCAAGUAAGGUUCCAAGAAAGAAAGGAACAAAGCAGAAAUUAUGAUCCACUGGAGCUUGAUGAGCUAGAUUGGAGUAGUAAGUGGAUGACUGGGGUAUCAGAUGAUGAAUUAGUUCAUCCUGAGGAUGAUCUCACUUGGAGAACUGUAUCAGCAGUAACUGGGGCAUCUUCAUCGUUUUAUGGCGCCAAUAGAGCGAGGAGGUCUGGACCAUCAACCGCUCCAGUUCCAUCCCUUCCCUCUUCUUAUUCAUGGCGUGCUAGGGGGAGGGUUGAGGAGUCUUUAGAUGAAGAAUUGGAGUUCGGGUUGGAGUUGGAUGAACAAGAUAUGCGUGAUGAUGAAGAUGUUGAGGAUGAUUUUGGUAUAGAAAGUAAUGAUUCGGACAAACAACAGGAGCUAGAAGAUUUAAAUAUGCUUAAUUGGGAUUGA